ACCCAGAAUAGAAGCAUCGGUAUCGUUCCUGUUAUUAACUUUUUCUCCAUGUUAAAAAGCCAGAAACAAAAUCAACAGAUGUAAAUUUUAUUUCCCUUUUCUUUCACUCUACCAGCAGACAGUUCAAUUCUAAUAUUUAUAAUCGCCAUCUCUGUAAUGUUGUGUUGUGCUGGUGUUGAUGAUUGUCUUUAAAUUUAAAUUCUGAGAAAUUAGGUUAUGUCGUUAGUGACCUUGAAACAUUUUAACUUUAAUUGAUAAUAACUGAAAUCAAUUUGUCUAAGUUAGACAUCUACGACUAACUACGAUAAUUAAUCCUUUGAUUGAAAUCACAAUUUUAUAUUACCAUGCCUUAUCUCAGUGAUUCCUAACCCUACCUGUUAGUAACAAUGUUGUGCUCCAAAUUGAACUCAAGACUAUUUAUUUCACCGGUGGCUUUCUUGAAGCGAAAUUAUAAGAAGUGUUUACAUGAAUUUGAACAUAAAUCAAACUACUGCUUGUUUACACAAUGCAAAAUGUACAAACAGAAAGAACAAUAUGUACAUAGAUCAUUUAGUUCAACCCAUUUCGCCAGUUCCAUAAAGAGUGAAAUAAUUACUUCAGGUCAAAGUGAAAAUAAUAAUGAAAACGUAUCAAAAACGUUUGUUGAAUCAGAAUCAGAAUUCCAUCAUCAAGUUCUAGAGAGUUUAAAUGCAUAUUCGGGUACAAUAUUUAAGUUAGAUGCCAGCUUUAUUGAGAGGUAUACAAUUACUGACAAAGACUUUGAAGAUAUUGUGGGUGUUGCAGAUUGGGAGAAUAAGUCUCCCUAUGAUAUAGUUGUUAGUUUCAUAUCACUUGCAGUGUAUUCGUCCUCAAAAUUGAAAGUUUCUGUUGAUGAUGAAAGAUUUGAUAAAUUAGUGACUGCGUUUGUUAAAAAGUGUUCUACAUUUACAGAAGAUCAACUAAUAGAUAGCUUAGUGGCAGUUCAGUUUUGGCCUCCGUCAGACCAUGUAAAAAUGCAUAAUUAUCUCCAAAUUUGGAAAGCCCUUGACCAUGUGUGCCAUGAUAGGUAUUUGGAUUGGACUGUUGACAAAAUGCUAUUCAUGAUGGAUUUAUGGUAUAAGAUAAAAUUGAUUAGACUCUCCAACUUUGUAUAUAAGGGAUUAAAUAAAAUAUCAAGGAAAUGUGAUGACUUAACCCACCAUCAGAUGAUACAGACAAUGUUUUACAUGAGCUGUGUUCGUAAGCUCCAUCCAGCAAUUUCCCUUCGAGAAUAUGAACAUUUUAUUCAAAAGCAUAUAACACAGCUAUCAAUAGAAGAAAUUGGAAUAUUCUCAGUGGCUUUUUUUAAGACAAAGACACCCAUUCUCAAUACAAAAAUACUCAUGUACAUCAUGCAGAGGGUUAUUGAAGAAAUGGAUGCCAUUCAAGAGAUCACACUCACAGGUAUCAACAAAGCUCUGCGUCUCUCUCACAAACCGGAGCUCGCUUUCACAACAAAUGACUAUGUGAAGAAGCUGGCUGAGUCAAAGUUGAGGUCUGUGAACCUCAUCAACGCUAUACAUGCUCUGCAUAUCAGCUCCAAAAUUCAGUUCUACAAUGAAGAGCCAAUAACGAUUUUGGCAGAGAAGUUCUGCAGUGAUCCAUCUGCAGCAAGGCUGAAGGACAUGGAGCGUAUUGUGUUCAUCCUCUCUUUGUACAACUUCAUCCCCCCAACAACCCCUGACAUUUUAGACAUUGUAAUGGAAGAACUAGACAAACCACAACACGUGAAAGCUGCAGAGGAGCAUCAUUUGACAAUAUUGUCACUUGUUUAUUUCUUGACCCUUCUUCGGAGAUAUCCUGAGAAACACAUCCAACACCUGCUCAGUGAUGAUACACUACAGAAAAGCUACAAAAAUAAGUUUAUGAUAAAUGUCCAAGCUUUACAAAUUGACUAUAACAGAGUCCUUGAAGGACCUCCAGGAAGUGAUUAUCUCUUGCCACCAACUUUAAGGGAAUACCUUGCCAGGAGAUACUCCCUGUUUCUCCCCGAUGAGAAAUAUGGUAACCUAAAUCAAUAUGACUUGAUGAUGAAGGAGGUGACAGACUUGACAACUGAACUCCUGGGAGGAGAGAAGUACACUCUUGUCACUUAUCCACUGCCACACUUUCAUAGAGCCGAUAUUUUGUUCCGUCUGGAUGACAGCGGACAGUCUGUGCCUAUACCAGACGAGUUGCGCAAAAGGCCGCACUUCAGCGGAGUACUCCGUCCAGAGGAGAGCGGUUGGCGCUGUGUGAUGGUUGGUGGCCGUAAUAUGUACAUGUAUAACGUGCCCAAACUUGUUGGUGAGCAGCAGGCCAAACUGAGACAGCUGAGACUGCUUGGGUAUAUGCCUAUCGUGAUUCCGAGCUUCAAUUGGAAAGGAGAGAAAAAUAAGAAGAACUACCUUAAGCUCAAGUACUUCACUAAACAAUAAUAAACACUUUUUCUGUAA